AUGACGAUCGACAAGCAGCUGGUAUGGGUGCGGGACCCCAACGAGGGGUUCCUGCUGGCUCGGCUACAGGAGCUGAUGGGAGAGGAGGCAGACGUCUUCCCCGUCGACAACAAAUACCCCAAAAGGGUCGUCAGCUUCGAUGACAUCUUUCCAGCUGGUGAUCCGGCUAAGGAUGUUGAUGAUAAUUGUGAACUAAUGUUCCUAAACGAGGCGACUCUUCUUAACAACAUGCUAAUACGAUACAAGAAAAGGAAGAUUUAUACCUACGUAGCCAACAUCCUGCUAGCCGUAAAUCCCUACGAAGACAUUCCAGAUAUGUAUUCCCCUUCUACUAUUAAGAAGUAUCACGGUAGAUCUUUGGGAGAACUGCCGCCUCACGUUUUUGCCAUCGCGGAUAAAGCAUUCCGAGACAUGAAGGCUCUGAAGCAGUCCCAGUCCAUUAUUGUGUCCGGUGAGUCCGGAGCAGGGAAGACUGAAUCAACGAAAUACAUUCUCAAGUACUUGUGCGAGUUAUGGGCGAAAUCUGCUGGUCCUGUCGAGCAAAAGAUUUUAGAUGCUAAUCCAAUACUAGAGGCGUUCGGUAACGCGAAAACAACACGCAACAACAACAGUUCACGUUUCGGGAAGUUCAUGGAAGUGCACUUCAACAACAAAUACCAGGUAGUGGGGGGGCACAUCUCUCACUACCUGCUAGAGAAGUCGCGUAUAUGCACACAGAGCAGUGAGGAGAGGAACUACCACGUUUUCUACUUACUAUGCGCAGGCGCACCUCAGGAAUUGCGUGCUGCGCUUAAGAUAACUAAGCCAGAUGAUUAUUUGUAUUUAAAGAACGGUUGCACACAAUACUUCACAACACCGCAGUCGGGCAAGAAGAUAAGCGCAAGUCAAAUGAGCAAGCAACAUCAGACGAAAGGAGGACUUCGAGAUCCCAUUCUUGAUGAUGUUGAAGAUUUCCAGAGGUUGCAUUUGGCGUUAUCCCGAGUCGGUCUUACAGAAGAAGAAAAAAGAUCCGUAUACAGCGUGGUAGCCGCCGUUCUUCAUCUUGGUAAUGUAGAGUUCGAGGAAGAAGGCGGAGCUAGAGGUGGUUGUCGCGUCUCGCCCCACAGCGAGGGGGAGUUGCAAGUGGCUGCUGGGCUGUUAGGAGUUGAGGCUGGAGAAUUAAGAAUGGCGCUAGUUUCCAGGUUAAUGCAGAGCUCAAGGGGUGGAAUGAAGGGCACAGCUAUCAUGGUUCCAUUGAAAACAUAUGAAGCGCAGAACGCCCGCGACGCCCUAGCGAAGGCAGUGUACAGUCGCCUUUUCGACUUCAUCGUCCACCGUAUAAACACCAGCAUCCCGUUCCAGGCUUCAUCAUAUUAUAUCGGAGUGCUUGAUAUCGCAGGAUUUGAAUACUUUCAAAUGAACAGUUUCGAGCAGUUCUGCAUCAACUACUGCAAUGAGAAGCUGCAGCAAUUCUUCAACGAGCGGAUCCUCAAGAAUGAACAAGAGCUGUACAGGCGCGAAGGUCUCCACGUACCGGAGAUUCGAUUCGUGGACAAUCAGGACUGUAUUGAUCUUAUCGAAAGUAAGAACCACGGCAUAUUCCACAUACUUGACGAGGAAUCAAAGUUGCCAAAGCCCGAAUUCAGUCAUUUCACUCACGCCAUUCACAAGGAGCUUGGCGCCAAUAAUUCAAGAUUACAAGUACCACGAGCUUCUCGUCUCAAAGCGCACCGAACACUUAGAGAUGAUGAAGGAUUUCUUUUGAGGCAUUUCGCCGGGGCAGUCUGCUAUAAUACGCAGCUUAUGGAUAAAUUGAAGGAAAACGGUACAAACUUUGUGCGCUGUAUAAAGCCAAACUCCCGAAUGGUGGGAGGUGAGAUCGAAGGCUCGUUGGUACUCACUCAGCUACAGUGCAGCGGAACAAUCUCAGUAUUAGCCCUCAUGGAGCACGGGUAUCCUUCACGAGCCCCCUUCAACGAUCUCCACCAGAUGUAUAACCAGUAUCUCCCGCCAAAGCUACAAAGUCUGUCGCCUAAAGUGUUCUGUCAGGCGAUUGUGCACAGUUUCGGUCUAUCCGACAAGGACUACAAGUUUGGUGUGACGCGUGUGUUCUUUCGGCCUGGGAAAUAUUCCGAGUUCGACACUAUGAUGCGCUCUGACCCCGAAAACCUGAAAUCCAUAGUCGAUGCUGUCUUGGCUUGGCUUGUGAAGUCGAGGUGGAGGAGGGCUGUGUUCUCAGUACUCUCAAUUAUUAAACUGAAGAACAAGAUCCUGUACCGUCGCGAAUGUCUAAUUACAAUACAGAAGUCGGUCCGCGGGUACUUAGUGCGUCGCGCGCACCGACCCAGGUACAAGGGCAUAGCUAAAAUACGCGCUUUGGAGAAUAACUUGAAAGAGAUGGACAGUGUUACGGCUCAGCUUAAGAAGGAAAAGGACAGCGCUAAGAAGAAUAUCGAGAAUUUGAGGAAUAGUAUUAGAAGCGCUUGCGCAACUAUUAAGGGUAAUGCAAAGAUAAGCCGCACGGAGAUUGACCAGCUUUACAACAAACUUACAAAGGAAAUCGAGAGUCAAAUGGCAGCAUUACAGAAGUCUAUGAUCGAUCAAAAGAAUAGAGAAGAACAAGAACGGUUGAGACGUUUAGAAGCAGAACUACGUCUUGCAGAAGAAGCGAAACGAAAAGAAGCUGAGCGCUUGCGGCAAGAAGAAGAAAACCGAAGACUUAAAGCGGAGAUGGAAGCCCGUCGCAAGGCAGAAGAGGCAGAAAGGCUUCGGCAAGAAGAACAGGACCGGCGUGCAGCUGAGAUAUUGCAGAAGCAAAUGGAGGAUGCAGCUAGAGCAGAUCUGGAAAAUAGAGAAAGGUUGGAACAAGAGCGUCGCGAUCACGAGAUGGCAGUUCGACUCGCUAAGGAAACAAACGGACACGUCGAAGGUUCACCACCUCAAUUACGAAGUUUCCCAACAAUGGACUCAGUGAACGGAGAAAAUAAAUUGAACAGAUCAGAACGCGUGCGCAUGCAACAAGCGUUACAAGGAAAACAAAAAUACGACCUCUCCAAGUGGAAGUAUUCUGAACUACGGGACACUAUCAAUACAUCGUGUGAUAUUGAACUUUUAGAGGCGUGCCGACACGAGUUCCACCGUCGCCUAAAGGUGUACCACGCGUGGAAGGCAAAGAACGCCCGCAAGAGUACCAUGGCUGAUCAAGAGAGGGCGCCACAAUCGAUCAUGGAUGCAGCUAAAAGUCCUCGCGUACAACAAAAGGGAGAGAUAUUAGGCGCAAGGCACCGUUACUUUCGUAUUCCGUUCGUCCGAGCUGGUGACGGGGCGAACGACAAACGAGGAUGGUGGUACGCGCACUUCGACGGCCAGUAUGUUGCACGCCAGAUGGAGCUACAUGCUGACAAAACGCCUGUGCUGCUACAAGCUGGAAUCGAUGAUAUGCAAAUGUGCGAACUGAACACAAUGGACCGCCCUACAGACCUUCGCACUAGAUAUCAGGAGGUUUUAGUGUAUAAGGUACAAAAUGUAGAGCUUUCCGACGUGCCUUAUUCUUAG